GUAUAAAAAAGUUAGGCCAGCAAUCAGAUUAAAUAGCCAAUUUGCAUGUCUAUCCAUCUCAAAUCUUCCUCUUCAAACACAACUUUCUCUCUUUCUCCAAAAAUCAAACAAGAAUGUUUCUCAAAACCGCAACCACCAGAAUCCUAAGCAGGAUUACAUCAACACCUCCCCACAAAUCACAGAUUGGAUUGAGAUUUUUGGGAGGCCAAGCUGCGUCUCCUCUACAAGAGAGUGUGGUGGAGGAAGAAAUGGAGUGGGAAAAUUUGGGAUUUGGUUUGGUGCAGACUGAUUAUAUGUAUGUGAUGAAGUGUGGAGAAGAAAACGAGUUCGAGGCGGGUCAACUCAGUCGUUUUGGCAAUAUUGAAUUGAGUCCUUCUGCUGGAGUCUUGAAUUAUGGACAGGGAAUUUUCGAAGGCACGAAAGCUUACCGAAGCGAAAAUGGCGGUCUCUUUCUCUUCCGCCCACAAGAAAACGCGAUUCGCAUGCAAAUCGGCGCUGACAGAAUGUGUAUGCAGUCUCCUUCAGUUCAUCAAUUCAUCCAUGCCGUCAAGCAAACCGCUCUCGCCAACCGCCGUUGGAUUCCUCCGCCGGGAAUUGGAUCUCUGUACAUUCGGCCUCUGCUGAUAGGGAGCGGGCCGGUUUUGGGGCUGGCGCCGUCUUCGGAGUACACAUUUCUGGUGUAUGCUUCUCCAGUUGGAAACUAUUUCAAGGAAGGGACUAAGCCGAUCAAUUUGUACGUUGAGGAUGUGUUCCAUCGCGCUGGUCGUGGCGGAGCUGGAGGUGUGAAGAGCAUCACGAAUUAUGCGCCGGUGUUGAAAGCCAUGAGGAGAGCCAAGGAUAAAGGAUUCUCCGAUGUCUUAUACCUGGAUGCGAACAACAAAAGAGACAUUGAGGAGGUCUCUUCUUCUAAUGUUUUCAUGCUCAAGGGCAAUGUUAUCUCCACUCCACCCACCAAUGGUACAAUUCUAGAAGGAAUUACGCGUAAAAGCAUCAUGGACAUUGCACGAGAUCUCGGUUAUCAGGUUGAGGAGCGUUCUAUUCCGAUUGAAGAACUACUUGGCGCAGAUGAAGUUUUCUGCACUGGAACCGCAGUUGUUGUUGCUCCUGUAGGAAGCAUUACAUACAAGGGUAACAGGGUCGAAUAUAAGAUGAGCACUGAGCUUGGGUGCCUGAAACUUCACUCAACACUUGUUGGAAUCCAAAGAGGUGAAAUCGAAGAUAGCAGGGGAUGGUUGGUUCAAAUUGAGUGAUCCUGAAACUUAUUUAGACUACUUUAGUAAGUAUAUAUGCUAUGAAUGUAAAUAAGACUGGCAGAAUCGGUGUAAAUCUCUAUCUCAUUAAACCCAAAUUAUUCUCUUUUAUGGUA